UUCAUGAGAGAUUAGCCACAGCCCCGAGAGCAAUAAACUUCCUGAAUUGCAAACUCCAUUUUGCCAUCUCACAGAACCUUCAUAAAUCUCGGACCCUCACUGUGCCCACUUCUCAAGGUGAAGUAGCCACAAAGGACCACAGGAAGCUGAAAGUUUGCUACUGGGCAACACCACCUGGUCACAGGGUGAUCACAGGCUCUGCAUUUUAUUGCUCUGAGAGUCUGCCUCCUGGAGGUUCCUAUACAGACCAGCUAUUUCCUACUGAAAAGAAGCUGUUGGUUCCCUCUCGCCCAGUUUGGUUUGGAAGAAUCCAGGGGGCCGUUCUUGCAGCCCCAUCUCCCUCCCACUCCCUCCUCACCCAGUCCUGGAGGAGGAGGCAAACAAAGGUCCAUUUGUAACCUCCUUCCAGCACCUCCUCUCUUCUGCUUUUGCCCAAACUCACUCAGUGAGUUGGAGCAUUUAAGAAGAUUCCUCUGCCAAGAAGACCGAAGGAAAGAAGAAAAGGGGGCCAAAAGCCAACAUGAAACUUAUAGUACUCGCUGUCACCAUUGGACUAACUGUGCUGCUAGGGAUCCAGGCCAUGCCUGCAAAUCGCCUCUCUUGCUACAGAAAGAUUCUAAAAGAUCGCAACUGUCACAACCUUCCAGAAGGAGUAGCUGACCUGACAAAGAUUGAUGUAAACGUCCAGGAUCACUUCUGGGAUGGGAAGGGAUGUGAGAUGAUCUGUUACUGCAACUUCAGUGAAUUGCUCUGCUGCCCAAAAGAUGUCUUCUUUGGACCAAAGAUCUCGUUUGUGAUUCCUUGCAACAAUCACUGAGAAUCUUCCUGUAUUCCAGACAGCACCAUCCCUAAUUCCCCACAAACUGCACUCUAACAGUGUAAUUCUAUUGCUGGUUUCUAUGGAGUCCAAUAAAGCACAGAUUCUAUAAAUUUGUGUUAAAUAAGUAGUAAUAAAAAUUCAACUUAACUUGCCUCUGGAACACUUUAGAUUUUUUUUUUACUAGAAAAUUUUGAUGGGAGGAAAAAAAUGUAUACAUGUAUGUGGAACUUGGUCCCCAUGCUGUACAGCAGAAAAAAUAAAUUUAAAAAAAUUUAUUAAAAAAAAGAAAAUUUCAUCUACAAGGUGUUCACUGUGGUCAGGAAAAGAAUUCUGUCCCCCACAUGAAGAGCCAUAACCGUGGCUCAAAGGUGGAACAUACCUUCGGUUAUUUUCUUUAAUGGCCACACUUACAGCAUAUGGAAGUUCCCUGGCCAGGGACUGAAUAUGAGCCACAACUGUGACCUCAAUCCUUUAACCCACUGUGCUGGGCUGGGAAUUGAAUCUGUACCUCCACAGAAACCUGAGCCACUGCAGUAGGAUUCUUAACCCACUGUGCCACAGUGGGAACUUCCUAAUUUCAGUUCUUAAGUGACAGUUACUGACCAUGCAUACUUAAAGAAUCCAUAUAUAAAUUGAGGUUCUUGGAAAGGAAAUUAGAAGUUUUCUAGUAAGAGGGGAAAAGAGAGCCACUAUUUGAGUAUAUAUUAUGUUUGCCAAGUACUAUAAGCACAUUUGCAUUUUGCUGGCUUAAAAAAACAACAAAACCUUUGAGGUUGUGUUCUUUCUUUUUUUAAUGGCCACACCUGUGAUGUAUGAAAGUUUCCCAGCUAGGGGUUGAGCUGGAGCUGCAGCUGCCAGCCUACAGCCAUGGCAACACCAGAUCUGGGCCGAAUUGGCAACCUAUGCCAUAGCCUGUGGCAAUGCUGGAUCCUUAACCCACUGAUCGAGGCCAGGGAUCGAAGCUGCAUUCUCAUGAACACUAUGUCAACUUCUUAACCCACUGAGCCUCAAUGGGAACUCUGAGGUUAGUAUUCGUAAACCCAUUUUUCAGAUGCUCACUCAAGUUUAAAGUACUUGCUAAAAAUCAAGACAGACUUUGAACAGAUUUCCAGUUCCAAGACACUCACACACACAUAGCUGUAUCCUGAAAACUAUGCUACAUACAUAGUUUUGGGAAUGUGUCCUGAUGUGUCCAUUUUUCCUGGGAAUAACAAAACACAUAUUAAAAGAAACAUGUAAUAGGUAAAAAUUAAAAACACAUGAAGUUUAAAGGUAAAUGAAACAGAUGCUUUCAAAGAUAUUUUCUGGUUGUUAGAGGCAGUUCUGGACUAUGUCCCAUUCCUUAGGAGGUAUGCGUGACUAGUGGCCAGCAGAAGUAAUUUCAGAAAUUCCUUCAUGCUAUAAAAAUUUAUUGAUUUGCUAAGUGUCAGCUAUUACUAAGAUUUGAUGAGGGAUAAUAAAUAAGAUGGACUUCUCUCCUUGGAACAUGUAUUCUAACAAGUGUAAUCAUUACAAAUAUUUGUAAAUGUGAAGCCUGUUGCUGCAAAGAAGAAGUGUAGGGUGCUAUGCAAAGUACUGCUGUGGGGGAACAUUUGAGAAGCAUGUGUAUAGUAAAUGUAGGAGGUGACCAUUUUGCAGGUUAAAGUGGCAUCAUUUAAUCAAAAUCUAUCCUCAGAGGUCCCUGAUCUAUUUCUAAAGGCCACACCCAGAAUAGUAUCUGGUAUCUAUUCAGUGUUCAGUAGGUGUUACCGGACUGAACAAAACAAUUUUGAGUUAGAAUUAAUUUCCUCUUAAAAUCUACAAAUCCUGCUGUGGCUCAGUGGAUUGAAAACCUGACUGCAGGGGAUCAGGUCGCUGUGGAGGUGAGGGUACAAUCAUCAACCUGGUGUAGUGGGUUAAAGGAUCCAGCAUUGCUGUAGCUGUAGCGUAGGUCGCAGUUGCAGCUCAGAAUCAAUUGCUGGCCCAGGAACUUCUAUACGCUACGGAUGCAGCCAUAAAAAAUUGAUAAAAUUUUUAAAAAUAAAAUCUGCAAACACAAGUCAAAAGAUGUUUUCAUAACAAGUGCUGGAGGGGGUGUGGAGAAAAGGGAACCCUCCUGCACUGCUGGUGGGAAUGUACACUGGUACAGCCACUAUGGAGAACAGUUUGGAGAUACCUUAGAAAUCUAUACAUAGAACUUCCAUAUGACCCCACAAUCCCACUCUUGGGCAUCUACCCGGACAAAACUCUACUUAAAAGAGACACAUUUGCCUGCAUGUUCAUUGCAGCACUAUUCACAAUAGCCAGGACAUGGAAACAACCCAAAUGUCCAUCGACAGAUGAUUGGACUUGGAAGAUGUGGUACAUAUACACAAUGGAAUACUACUCAGCCAUAAAAAAGAAUGACAUCAUGCCAUUUGCAGCAACAUGGAUGGAACUAGAGAAUCUCAUACUGAGUGAAAUGAGCCAGAAAGACAAAGACAAAUACCAUAUGAUAUCACUUAUAACUGGAAUCUAAUAUCCAGCACAAAUGAACAUCUCCUCAGAAAAGAAAAUCACAGACUUGGAAAAAAGACUUGUGGCUGCCUGAUGGGAGGGGGAGGGAGUGAGAGGGAUCGGGAGCUUGGGCUUAUCAGACACAACUUAGAAUAGAUUUACAAGGAGAUCCUGAUGAAUAGCAUUGAGAACUUUGUCUAGAUACUCAUAUUGCAACAGAACAAAGGGUGGGGAAAAAUGUAAUUGUAAUGUAUACAUGUAAGGAUAACUUGAUUCCCUUGCUGUACAAUGGGAAAAAAAAAAAGAUGUCUUCAAAUACUAUGACCUUUACAAAAAUGCAUGAAGUGGAAUUGUUAAAAAAAAAAA